AAGUAGUUUAAAAAAUAUUGCAUGGCUAGUAAUUUACUUAAUUGCUUUAUUAAAUCAGAAAAUGUGGACAUUCCGUAUAACCAGACGAUGUGCCUCGUGCCUAAAAUCCCGCGGCCACCGAACGCUUUUAUGAUAUACGCGACAGAAAAUCGGAAGUUAUUGUCCCACAAAUAUCCAGCGGAUUCCAACAAGAUUAUUAGCAAGAAGUUGGGAAGCAAUUGGAAGGGUCUGACUACGGAUGAGAAGAACAAAUAUUUUGAGAAGGCUCGCAUCGUCGCCACCGAACACAAGGAGAAGUAUCCUGAUUACGUGUACAACCCGAAAGAAGCUCGCUUGCGAAAGGCGAUGCGGGAAGCGGCGAGUAGGGACCGCUCUAUCGGGGCUUCCCCGAUGUUGCCGCGACCGAGCGCUCGCAGGGUCGGUUCCGCGGGAUCGGCCACGUCGGCUGCAGGAACUCCUGGGACGCCCACGCCGCAUGGUCCGCACCAAGAACCUCUUAUGAUGCCCAAUCCUUUAACACAACUUCAACAACAAACGGGGAUGUGGCACAAUUACCAAGACGAUUUGAGGCCAAGAUCUUCGGGUAACCCUUUCAUGAUGCAAGAUAUCCAAUCUCCGUACCAUCACCAUCAACCGUCUCCCCCGCUCAGCAUACCCAGUCCGAUGAUGAUGGACAAACACCGACAAACGCCUGUACACCACAUAAACAAUAUAAACUUCAUGUCGAUGCCCAUGACACCUCCACACUCUAACUCCAUAAUGGCGAUGACCCCACCGCACUCCAACGAGAACGUACCUCCUGAUGAACCGCUGCAUCUCAAAGAGAAGAUGAUGCCCCAAGAUUUUCAACAUCUCGCGCCGAAACAAACAGUGGAAACUUCUCAGCCGUUGAUGGAGAAUAACAUGCAACAUCAAAAUGAGUAUGGAAAUUCCAUUUUUGGAGGUAGCGUUGGAGUCAGUCAACAGCAAAGCCAUCAUCAACAGUUUGAAGAGAUGGAAGAUACCAAAAUAAAAAGGAUACAUUCCUGCGUUUGCCAAAAAGAUAUCCCCUGCAAGUACAACUUGUAUUUACCUCUUUCCUGUACCAACUUCUGUGCAUCUCCCGAUUUGUACAACAACAGUUUAGAGUAUCAGCGAGAAUACAUUCAAAAAUACUUUUAUGGCCUUCCAGAAUUUGAAAUUUACAACUUAAGCGCUGAAGAUGGUCACUGGUUCCCCUAUGCUUCGAGAAGUGCUCAAUGCGAAGUGAAUACGUUCAUAGGAGACUGCGCCCAACCGAGUUUUUUGAAGACGGAUGUCGGUUUCAUUCCGAUUACAUUUGAUAUUAAUAUUUAAUAAAGAUUAUUUUUUAAAUGUUGAAUGAGUUGCAUA